GACUGGCGCGAUUUAUCAUGUAGUCGGCGUGUAAUCGAUGCGCAUCGAUAAAUUGGCCCGUCAUCAUCUGCAGUUUGCCGUGUUCUAGCCGUAGGCGCACCGUAUAAUUUGUAUUGGAACGUUGAAAUUCACGUCAGUCUGGUGUUUUUUUAUUGGCCUUAAAGUGAACGUAUAUUACCAAUUGACCAGCGAUGCAGUCGACAUUACGCAGAACAGUGACAGCUGUAGCCAAGUCGCAGCUGCGAAGCAAUGCUGCAAUCUUGGGUGCAUUAAAUACCCGCUGCUAUUCUAGCACACACGAAGCGGAUGUUGUGGUGAUUGGCUCCGGACCUGGUGGCUAUGUGGCUGCCAUUAAAGCGGCCCAAAUGGGCAUGAAGGCCAUCAGUGUGGAGAAGGAGGCAACGCUGGGCGGCACCUGUCUCAAUGUCGGCUGCAUUCCAUCGAAGGCGCUGCUCAAUAACUCACAUUAUUAUCACAUGGCGCACUCUGGGGAUUUGGCUGCACGUGGUAUCAACUGUGGCAGUGUCUCGCUCGAUCUGGAGAAGCUGAUGGGACAGAAGACGACAGCGGUAAAGGCUCUGACUGGCGGCAUUGCGAUGCUCUUCAAGAAGAACAAAGUCACACAGCUGACGGGCUUCGGCAGCAUCGUUGGGCCCAACGAGGUGCAGGUGAAGAAGGAUGAUGGCUCCACCGAAACGAUUAAGGCCAAGAACAUAGUGAUUGCCACCGGCUCGGAGGUUACCCCCUUCCCAGGCAUUACGAUCGACGAGGAGGUCAUUGUGAGCAGCACAGGUGCCCUGAAGCUGGCCCAAGUGCCCAAGCAGAUGGUUGUCAUUGGUGCUGGUGUCAUUGGCUUGGAACUGGGUUCGGUUUGGUCACGUUUGGGCGCCGAGGUGACUGCUGUGGAGUUCAUGGACACCAUUGGUGGCGUUGGCAUCGACAACGAGGUCUCCAAGAGCUUCCAAAAGAUUCUCGCCAAGCAGGGACUCAAAUUCAAGCUGGGCACCAAAGUGAUGGCGGCGACACGCAACGGCGACAGCGUCACCGUCUCCGUGGAGAAUGCCAAAUCUGGUGAAAAGGAGGAGCUGCAAUGUGAUGCACUCUUGGUUAGUGUGGGACGACGCCCGUACACCGAGGGUCUUGGCCUGGAGUCGGUGGGCAUUGUGAAGGAUGAUCGUGGCCGGAUUCCGGUCAAUGCCACGUUCCAAACAGUAGUGCCGAGUAUUUAUGCCAUUGGCGAUUGCAUCCAUGGACCAAUGUUGGCGCACAAGGCCGAGGAUGAGGGUCUGAUUACCAUCGAGGGCAUCAACGGUGGCCACGUGCACAUCGAUUACAAUUGUGUGCCCAGCGUGGUCUACACGCACCCCGAGGUCGCGUGGGUGGGCAAAACGGAGGAGGUCCUUAAGCAGGAAGGCGUCGCCUACAAGAUGGGCAAGUUCCCCUUUUUGGCCAAUUCGCGUGCCAAGACGAACAACGACACGGAUGGCUUCGUCAAAGUGCUUGCCGACCAGGCCACGGAUCGUGUCCUGGGCACCCAUAUCAUUGGCCCGGCUGCCGGCGAACUCAUCAACGAGGCUGUUCUGGCCAUGGAAUACGGCGCCUCGGCGGAGGAUAUCGCCCGUGUCUGUCAUGCGCAUCCGACCUGUGCCGAAGCUUUGCGCGAGGCCAACGUGGCGGCCGCAUUUGGAAAACCAAUAAAUUUUUAGAGAGAACGCCUUCUGCUGGACAAUUCGAUAUACUAGCGUCAACACUUUGUUUGAAAUUCUCAAUGUGCAACUGUAACGAAACAUCUCCGAUCAAUAUAUAAAUUGCAAAAUACUGCAAUAUA